AUGACAACUUUUGAUUUACCCUCUAUUUUUGUGCCUUUAGUGGGCCUAGUUUUCCCGGCAAUUGCAAUGGCUUCUUUAUUUCUUCAUGUUCAAAAAAAUAAGAUUGUCUAG